CGCCUUAAAGCGGCAUACCAUUCUAAAGGCAAAUAGAAAAGAAGUUGAGCGUUUGCUCGGUAACAUUACAUAUUGUAUUUAUCGUUAUUCCACUGAGAAUAAUCACCGGACGUGUUGACAGCUAAUAAGAACAAAUCUCCAACGAAAAAUGGCGGUCAAUGUUUACGCUACAAAUGUAACAACGGACAAUCUAAGUCGUCAUGAUAUGCUGGCGUGGGUCAAUGACUGUCUACAAUCAUCCUUCUCGAAAAUUGAAGAGUUAUGCACGGGUGCGGCGUACUGCCAAUUUAUGGACAUGCUCUUUCCCAACAGUGUACCAUUGAAGAGAGUCAAAUUCAGGACCAAUUUGGAGCACGAGUACAUCCAAAAUUUCAAAAUUCUCCAAGGUGGAUUCAAAAAGAUGAAUGUCGAUAAGGUGAUUCCAGUGGACAGAUUGAUAAAAGGCCGUUUCCAGGACAACUUUGAGUUUUUACAAUGGUUCAAGAAAUUUUUUGAUGCCAAUUAUGAUGGCACUGAAUACGAUGCAUUUGAAGCACGUGGAAGAAUUCCAUUAGGUUCAGGAGUGGAUGGUUGUCAUAAUUUGUCCAAUCCACAAUUGGUACCAUUGACUACUCAAGCAAAACCACCUCAGAUGCUGCCGAGAGCUCCGAUGCAUCACAAUCAACAGCGGAACAUUGCGCAGAGGCAGCAGGUUCCAAAUAAAAUUCAGCAAACUCGUCCCGUGGUCAAGACAGGGCCAAUGGGAAAUCGUGAUACUGGAAAGGUCGAGGAACUCAGUAAUGAGAUCACUGAACUCAAACUGAUGAUUGAUGGUCUGGAGAAAGAGCGAGACUUCUAUUUCGGUAAACUUCGGGACAUCGAAUUGAUGUGCCAGGACACUGAAGAUGAUCAGCCUCCGAUCGUUAAAAAAAUUUUGGAUGUCCUUUACGCAACAGAGGAGAAUGGAAACGGCCAGAAGGACGAGGAACAAACUUAUUAAGCAACUUUAUUAAUCUUUCAUUAAUCAAGCUCAAUUUCAAGGAUGGCUUUGCUCCACCAGAGGAAUUGGAAGGUGAUGGGUUGGCCCCAGACGAUGAGGAAUACUAACCCCAUUAUUCUCUCUGCACUUAGAUUACGAAGAAUAAAAAAAGUGGACAAAGUUUCAGUACUUUCAAUGAAUCAACAAAGAAUAAAUGAGCAACAAAGAAAACCCCGAUAAAAAUCCAGUAAUUCUAUGCGCAUCUUUGAUUAUAUGAAAUUUAUAGCUGAAAGAAAGAGAUGGAAAUGUUUUAAAUUAAUGAAAAUUGUCAAGUAGAGUGAUAAAUUCGUUUAUCCAUCAAUUUAAGAAAAACGUUGCGAAAAUAUACUAGUGCAGGCAUCCGCCAAUCAUGCAGACAAAUCCUAAAUUCAUUACGUCUGUUUUCUGUUUCCCCGUUAUCUUUGAUUCUAUUGUUUCAUUGGUUAAGAAAAUUCUUACAUAUCCAUCCAAAUAACCGAUCAAUAAUUUUUAAUGGACAAAUUGUGAUUGGUUUAUUCUCUAUUAUUAUUUUUUUUACAAUUUUGUACACGUUGAAUCAGGAGAUAAAUGCAAAUGAAACAUCUUCAUGUUCGACUAUCCAUUUUUUAUAUUUUUUCAACACGUUAUUAAUUAAUCGUGUUAGAACUGAUUGUGAUUAUUACGUGUCUAUCAUUUGCACUUUUCAAAAGUCACUGGAUCUAUAUUAAGUCAAAGAAUGUAUCAGUUAUUUUCAGAAUGUGAGAAUAUUCGCCAUGGCCAGGGCGGUUUAUCCAAAAUUCCAUGGUUUUUAUUCUCAUAAAUUCAUAUUGGAAUUUGAAACAAUCAUGGAGCACAAAUGGAAAGCAAAAAUUUUAAGGCAUUCUUGAGAAGACAAUGAAACAAUUCAUAAUUGGAAAUGAAAAAUUGAAAAUUUGUAAUAUUGUGUAAAAUGAGUGAGAUUGGAUAAGUGUUUAAGGUAUGAGAUGACCAAGAUUAUUGCAAAGAAUAUUGAAGCUUUUUGGAAAUUAUUAUUAGAAUAAAAAUCAUCACUGCGA